AUGAGGGCGUUUAUGAUGGAGAUGAGGGAAGGGAUGAGAGCGCUAAAAGAAGAGAUAAAGGAUGAGAUAAAGGAUCAGGGAAGAAGUAUGAANGAGGAGGUAGAGGGACUGAGAAAGGACUUGAAGGAGAGCGAGAAGAGAUGGGGUGAAGAGAGGGAGAGGUUGGAAAAGAGCAUCAGAGAACUGGAAGGAAGGAUGAGGGAGCUAGAAUUAGGAGUGGAAAAAAGAGGGAAGAAGGGUGGGAAGGAGGAGGGAGGCGGAGGGAAAGGUGGGGAAAGGGAGAUGAUAGAAAGAAUGAAGGAAAUAGAGAAGAGAUUAGAAAAAAAGGAGAGGAGGGAGAGGAAGAAGAACCUGUUAAUAAGGGGGCUUGAUGUAAAAGGAGAGAAAAGGAAGGAAGCCGUAGAGAAGAUUUUUGAGAAGAUAAGGGCCAAGGUGGAGGUGGAGGAGGUAAGAAAGAUGGGAAAAAAAGAGGGGAAGAUAGAGACAGUGUGGAUGAGAUUGAGGAGUGAAGAACAAAGGAGCGAGGUGUUGAGGAAAAAAAGCAAGUUGAAGGAAAAUAAAGAAAGGAUAAUAGAGGAUUGGACCUGGAGGGAAAGGAAGAUGAGAUGGAAGUUGGAAGAGAUUGCAAGGAGGGAAAUGGGAAAGGGUAGGAAAAUAGGGUUAGGAUAUGGAACGAUAAAAAUCGAUGAAAAAUGGUGGAAAUAG